AUGACAGAUAAAGAAGCAUUUGCUCAGGUGUCGGACGAUAAUAAAGAACGUCUUUACGAGAACUUGUCGCCGAGAGAUCAUUCACAAAAUGAUCGUAGCAACGAAGUGUCCAGCGCACAUUCCUCAAGCAGCACCCUGGUCUCGGAGAACGUGAGGGCUAACAAUUUGUCGGAUAAAAAUAAAAAUGUUAAUGAUUAUUCCAAAUACGCGGCGAGACCGCAAGUGCCGCCUAAGCCUCAGAAUGAAAUAAUACAAGCCACGCCACCAAGAAGCCCAGAGAUAAAUCACUUAGACAGCACCCGAUAUCCCGAUGUUUAUUAUCACUCAUUAGAAAAAUUAACUGAUAAAAUAUCACCGCUAGAUGAAAUAGAAAUAUACAAGGCGUCGCAAGCACAAGCGAACCCAGCGUCCGUUGGCGCCGAGAUAAAAAGAGUCAGCACUAAAUUCCUUAUUUCACCCAAAAAAGAGGCUGAGGUUAGGACUAUACAACCGACGAGAGCCCGAAGUCUAUCUUUAGACAAAGAUAAGUUAAGAGCCAAUUGGAAAGCAAACGAAGAGCUUAGCAAAAAAGAAAUGUUAGUCAACAAACCAUACAACUAUUCCGCCCCCAGCACACCGAUUGCCGUCACGCACAAAAGACCAAUUAUGCCAACGACCGUUUCCCCAUACGAGCAUGUAAGGAAAACCAUGAUCGAGACAGAAGAGAAAAGGAACUCUUUAAGUAGAGCCAGUGUGCGCAAUGCACACUCCUCACCGAGGCAGCCUUUCAUAGAACGAUCAAAUCCCUCGACACCGGUUCCCGGCAGAGAAACGCCCACGGUCGAUAGUAACAGUGAAAAAGAAAAGACGCGCCAAAAGGUGGAGGCGUUCUACUGGCAGAAGCUGAAAGAGCUGAAACAGAGAGAAGACGAGUGCUUCCUGAGGCAGUCGUUGGACAACCGCAUGCGGUCGCCCGCAACGCUUUGUAGCAGCUCCAAUCGCAGCACGCCCAGCUCUUUAGCGGUCGGAGUGAAGAGCAGCAGUCUGCCGCGAGGCAGGGACUUAAAUUAUAACGUGACUCAACAGAUUUACGCGCUCGCGCCGUUUUCGAGAGGCGCCCCCGAGAGGCGGACGGAUUCAUUCAUACGGAAUCGCACGGGCGACGCGGAGGCGGGCGUUCAGUACAGGCGCACCCACGAGACGAACACGCGGACCACGUCGCCCGCCGGCGUACAAAUGCCGAUAUUCCAACGCGGAUCCCUAACCCAGGAGGCGCGCAACAACGCCCACCGACCGAAGAGGGUGAGCUUCGACGAGCAGUACUCGAACACCGUACCCAUCGACGGGGACAGCGCGAGAAGGGUCGCGUUAGAUCUGAAACUGUCGAAUGACAGCUACAAGUCCCUGAACGCGAGAAAUGUGCCAUAUCAGAACAAAAUCAUCAGUGAGGUAGCGCAGAGCCCCUUUAGGGGUCCGCCGCGACCCCCCGUUAGGACGACCAGUGUCGGUAGUGUUGCGAAAAACUACAAAGUCGUAAAUAAGAACGUACUCUUGGUGAGUGGUGUUCAUUCUGUGUGUUCGGAAUCGGAGAGCGGCUCAGAGGCUGGCGAGAUACAGAGAAUACUGCAGAGGACCCCACGUAACGGUAAGUCGUAUUAUAAUAUGAUUAAAAAAAAUCUUAUGUUUAGUUUGAAG